AUGGCAGCCCCAGUGGAGCUGGAUGAGUCAGAGAGAGUAUCAGAGGGAACCGUGAAAUAUCAUCUGGGUCGCAAACAAGUCAACCUGAGCCUGGCCAAAGAUUCUCACAUAUAUAAGAGACCACUGCUGUGUUGUCAGUGCGCAUCGCUGCAUGACCUUGAGCAUGUGAAGCAGGUUUCCCCUCAGGGAGAACCCCUUGGUCUUAAGCCUGAACUGCAGGGGAUUCAUGUACAGCAGGCCAAAAGUAACCACAGCCUGCUAGGGGCUCACCAGGGUGGGAAAGACCCCACUGAAUUGAGGUGGAGGAGAACUGAACUGAAUUCUGUGGCUUCCUACUACAUUGUACAGGACCCACUGGGGCACCUGGAAGUGCCCUACCUCUCUCCUGUCCUAUUCCUGGACACAAGUGGACAGUCAAUGUGUUUCUAUGUGAGACCCGGUCCCACGAAGACUCAGCUCUAUCCUCUGAUAACUAACGGAGGAGGCUCUUUGUGUCGCAGUCAAGAGCCCGGAGCUAUUUUACUGAUCGACCCCGGGGACGCCACUACCGUCACGGCGAGCUCCGGCCUACAGUACAUCUCUACCAAAUACAUCACAGACUGUGUAGAGCAGAACCUGCAGCUGGAUCUGGACGACUAUGUGAUCAGCGUGGGACCGUCGGUCCAGACGAGGAUGGCGAGCCGUCACCAGGGCAGUGGGCGGCUGGGUUACUCACCUGAAGACGACGCGGCCAUCGUGAAGUUCAUGGAAAAGCGGCAGCAUGAAGCCAAAGGCAACCUGGUUUGGAAAGAAAUGGAGAAACGGCGCGUGACCGAGCACAGCUGGCAGUCCAUGAGGGAUCGGUUUCUAAAACACCUUCAGAACAGACUCCCGAAGAAGAGUCCCACCAAAAGAAAACCGCUUUGUUUCACGCAAAGCCCUCUGCGUAAGAAGAAAGUCACUGAGAACUCAGAGCCUGAGACGGACGCCUCACAAAACUCUCCUCAGAAGUCUGUCGUUGAUGAAUCUGACACACAAGUGGCUUCGGAGAACAGCGUGUGUCCAGUUGUAAGGACCGACCCUCAGCCUUCUCCAGAGAGGGCCAGGGCUCCUCCAGAUGUGACAGAUGCUGCUGGAGAGCCCCCGCAGGACGAGCGGGACGUCCCGGUCCGAGAACAAGAAACACCAGAGCCUGAAGCAUCCAGAAGAUCUGGAUUAGAUGAAGAUCGUGAUGGACGAGACCUUCCAGAUGGACCAAGUGAACAAUCAUCUCCCAACAAAACAAGACAGACGACCAAAGCCUCCACAGCUGACUCUAGACAGCUGGGGAUUCUGGCAAAAGCUGCGAGAGAGUUUGAAGACUCAGAUGUGGUGAGACUGAACAAUGUCAACCUUGACUAG